AGAUCGAAACCUCAAACUCUCUUGGCGCGUACAUGAUCAAGGAUAGUGAUAAUAAUAAAAAGAACGCUCUGGACAACACACUUGCGAGGGAAACUACCGCAAGAUAAGUACACAGCUGGGAGAGAUCGAUCCAAUCUUAUCUGGAGAGUUUACCUCGGACAGGUUUGCCAACAGAUCGCAACCAAUUUUUCCUCCUGCCACUAGCAGAGUCUUGCCGUCUCUCUCACGCCGAGUCAGCUAAAAGAUGUACCUCAGCGCGCGCUUGAAGCCGCCUUCUUCCAGAAAGGACCGAAGAAGCAGCGACAGCGGUGUGUCGGAGUCGAGCGCUUCGUCCCAAAGCGCCGGCUCAAGGACCUGUCGCGAAGCGAUCCACGAAUCGCUCAAGAGCGAUCGUCUCGACGCUGGUGAUACCGGGGAAGGUUUUUCCGCGGAGGGCGUGAGAAUGGACCGACUGGAAACGGGAGGCGUGGCGUCGGAAGCCGAGCCGAGAACGAGCUCACCGUACGCGCGGCGUUGCAGCGCCAGCAUUUCGGCGAUUCUCAAGAACGACAAGUUCGGCUCGGCCUACGCCAUCUCCAGAAGCGGAAUCCUGUCCUGUUCGGUGUCCGACACGAGGCGAAGUUCCACGCAAGGACGCACGCGAAACCGCUCGUUUUCCCUCGAGAUCUCCAGGCGACACAACCGAGGAGUGCUAUGGGGCACCCUCACGACACUUCUGAGCUACAUCUACGCCAUCUUCGUGGUUGUCUUCGGAGGCGUGACGACCGUCCUGCAGCCAUUUCAAGUGGUCGGCGGACACAUAAUAAUCAUCGACGACAUUUUUGCAACAGUCCUUUGUCUUCUGGGACUCACGUGGUUGGGCCUUCUGCAUGCGGACCUAUGUCGCCAUGAGAAAUCUGCCAAGCGAAAUCGCAAGAGUCAGCAAGAAUCCGGUUCCGACGUGUCUUCCGUAGCAACCGACUUCGCGAGUUGGGCCGGUGACCCGACAAGGCCCACCUUUGGGUACCGCUACCUCACGGGCAGGCAAAGCGGCAGCUUUUACCUCAAAAUAGGAAUGACCGUGUUCUGCUGCGGUCACCUGAUCCGGGAGGGCCUGCUGCUCGGCAAGGAGAUCAUCGGCUGGAAGCAGGGGGGAGAAACCUGCUCCGACGUUACGCUGAUGGCGGUGCACGUUGUGCGACCUGUGUUCUCCUUCUACCAGCUCUACUUCCUCUUCAAGUAUUCCAACAUUGUCAUCAGCAAGUGGAUAGGUCUUGCGAAGUUCGGCAUCAUGCACUGCAUCGCCACAAGCCUUUGCUUCUGGUUUAGGACCAUAGUUGACGACGCCUACGGUGACGUCGUAAAGGGAAUACGGGAGAAAGCUCAAGCAAGUGGUGACCAAACGCUGCUGGGCUACUACACCAACUCAAGUUGCUCCUCCCCAGACUUCCCCUCUCCAACGUACCUGGCACCGCUGCCAUACCUCUACCCGUUCACGAUAGAGUUCAACCUUGUCCUGGCCGGUGUGUGGUUCAUAGUCCUUCAGAACAUCAGAACGUCCACGCGGUUCCCUAACCUGAGCCAGCGACGGUCUUCCGUAGACACGGCCGACAAGAACCUCGUGAUCAGUGUCGACUGCCAUUCGGCCAAUCGUGGCAUCUUCGCCGGCGUCGUAGUCUUGCUCGCGUCCAUCGUGCUCAUGAUGAUCUUCUACUUCACCGUUCUCAACGGGAGCUUGCAUCGUGGCUUACAGCCGAACCUCUAUCCUGGAUGUCAGCACUCACCCGACAACCCUCCUGGACGACUUCCUGCUCUGCAUUCCGCUGCCGUUCUACUUCAUCUAUGGAAUCCUGGUGGUUAUUGCCGAGCUUCAAGAUGGAGGUUCAUACACCCGGAUUGCGCUUCAGGUCUCCUCCGUGGCGCAGGUUGUCACCCAAACUCCGCUCAUCGUCGACGGUCUUCGAAGGUGCAGCAACUGCGCCGCGCUGCGCUACAAAAAGCCGGGCAGAGAAACCGUGUCCUUUCUGGUGGUCGUCAACAUCGCCAUGUGGAUCAUGUACACCUUCGAGUCCAAGACGGCCAGCAAGUUCUUCAUGGGGCAUCGUUACUACGGACUUCAAACCUGGGUCAUCGUGGAACACACAACAGUGCCGCUGAUGCUCUUCUACCGCUUCCACUCUUCCGUCUGCCUGGCUGACAUUUGGAAGUCCGCUUACGAUGUCGAGUGAACGCCAUGCAUCACUUCGGCCUUUCUGAAUGCAAGGAGUCGAAAAGAUUGUGAUAUGAACUUCUAGUUUUCGCUCGGUUUUCUGCUCGAAGACCUGUGCUCGAGCCGGAGUGGUGCGAAUGGACGCAUCCAGACCUGUGCUAUCUCCUCUGCAUUCGUUGGAUACGUCUGGUCUAAACAACGUCAGAUACUGCUCCACACUCUCCGGACAUUGGGGAUCAUCGAUGACGUCAGUGGAUUAUGCAACAGUGAUAACCAGAAGGAGACAAAGGACCUCUUAGUCGCCCUCUGCGACACAGGCAUGCUCAACAAGCUCCGAGCCUAACGGGCCAUCAGAAAAUUGCCGUGUAAACGUUAACCAUUCACAACUGACACGUCCUCGCACGUACACUCCGCGAUGCUGUUAGCGCGAACAGGCCAUCGCCGGUUGUUUCUGCCUUUCUCUCGGUAAUAAAAGACUGUCAUCAAAACUGC